GCUUUGGUUCUAUAAUUCAUCACCAUCUUCUUAUUCUUCUACUUCUCACACAGAUCUUCAGUUCAGCUUUGAGUUUCUCACCCAACACCUUUUUUUUUUCUCCUCCCUUGUUGGUUUUGUUCAUAAAAAUCUGUUUUUUAAAAUUUUGGGUUAUAAUGUUUAACUUGAUCUGUUGAAACUGAGAGGGGUGAUUUUGUAAAACUACGAUUUUCUGAGGAGAAAAAAUUAGUGGGGUUUGGUUAGAUCGAGGAAAAGACUCAAACUUUGCAGAUUGCAAACGAGGUUCUUGGGGCGAAAAUGUGGAUCUAGUAAAAGUUGUUGAUUUGAUCGAGAAAAGAAAAAAAAAUAGAAGGAAAAAGAGAUACAUUUUUUUUUUCAGUUCCAGGUGGUUCCACUUUUUCCUCUGCCAUUGAAGAAGGUUAAAAGAAGUUUAAAGUGCAUAGGGUUGAUAAGUCCGCGUGGAGCUGAGUGGAGUAUUGGUUGUUAAUUUCAAAUAUAUUCAGGAAAGGCACAUCAGUGAAAGUGGAAGAGGUUUUCAUUACUUCGAAUUUGAUUUUAGGCUACCAAAAUGGGUAUUCAGUGCUCCAGACUCAUCCCAUGUUGUGUGGAUUCACAAGUUAAGGCAUCUGUUAUUGAAACUCCAGAUGCCGAAAAUGAGGAUAGAAGUGAGGUCAGUAACUGGCCCACGUUCCGUGAAUUUACACUUGAGCAACUUAAGAAUGCAACAUCUGGUUUUGCUGUUGAGAAUAUUGUAUCUGAACAUGGAGAGAAAGCUCCAAAUGUUGUUUAUAAGGGGAAGCUGGAGAAUCAAAUGAGGAUUGCUGUUAAGCGGUUUAAUAGGAAUGCCUGGCCUGAUUCUCGGCAGUUUUUGGAGGAAGCAAGAUCAGUUGGUCAGCUUCGUAAUCAAAGAUUGGCAAAUUUGCUUGGUUGCUGUUGUGAAGGAGAUGAGAGGUUGCUUGUGGCAGAAUAUAUGCCCAAUGAAACACUUGCAAAGCACCUUUUCCAUUGGGAAACACAACCUAUGAAAUGGGCAAUGCGACUAAGAGUUGUUCUACAUCUUGCACAAGCUCUAGAGUACUGCACAAGUAAAGGGCGCGCUCUCUAUCAUGACCUUAAUGCAUAUAGAGUUCUUUUUGAUGAGGAUGGUAAUCCUAGGCUUUCUAGUUUUGGUCUUAUGAAAAAUAGCAGGGAUGGGAAAAGUUAUAGCACAAAUUUGGCAUUUACCCCUCCAGAGUAUCUCAGAACUGGGAGAGUAACACCAGAAAGUGUAAUAUAUAGCUUUGGCACACUUUUGCUUGACCUUCUCAGUGGGAAGCAUAUACCCCCAAGUCAUGCCCUUGAUGUAAUUCGUGGCAGAAAUCUUCAGAUGCUGACAGAUUCUUGUUUGGAAGGACAGUUUUCUGAUGAUGAUGGAACUGAGUUGGUACGCUUGGCAUCUCGAUGUUUACAGUAUGAACCUAGAGAACGCCCUAAUCCAAAAUCAUUGGUGGCUGCUUUGGCUUCUCUUCAGAAGGAAACAGAGGUUCCUUCACAUGUCUUGAUGGGCAUCCCACAUAGUGCUACUUUUGCUUCAUUAUCUCCUCUUGGUGAAGCAUGCACAAGAAAGGAUUUGACUGCCAUACAUGAAGUUUUAGAAAAUAUUGGCUAUAAAGAUGAUGAAGGAGUUGCAAAUGAGUUAUCAUUCCAGAUGUGGACUGAUCAAAUGCAGGAAACAUUAAAUUGUAAGAAAAAGGGGGAUGUUGCUUUCCGGCAGAAAGAUUUUAGACUAGCGAUUGAGUGCUACUCACAGUUCAUUGAUGCUGGAACAAUGGUUUCUCCAACAGUCUAUGCCCGGCGCAGUUUGUGUUAUCUCAUAAGCGACAUGCCUCAGGAAGCACUGAACGAUGCAAUGCAGGCACAAGUGGUUUCCCCCGUGUGGCACAUUGCAUCUUAUCUUCAAUCUGUUGCCCUUGGAGGACUUGGGAUGGAGAAUGAAGCCCAAGCAGCUCUUAAAGAGGGCACAACACUGGAAUCUAAGCGAAAUGCGACUACCAAACAAAAGUGAAAACUUUGUACAGGGACAAUUUCUUGCUGAUUCUGUUCUACUUGAUGUCUACCCUCACAACAUUGAUUAGAAAGUUCAUCUUGGAUGCUGAUAGAUCCAUCAUCUCAGAAAAGUGGCAUGUGUUUUGAAGAUUUCUUGAAGAAACAAUGAUUGGAAAAGUGUUUGUAACACCCCUUCCCCCUUUUUAUUGGGUUGGUUAGGAUGUUCAUUUAGUUUUAUGAUUUGAUUGAUUGAGCAUGAAUCCAAACUUCAGCAAAUUUUUCUUUUUUCAUUUAUAAAGGUAAAAUAUGUUAAGAGUGAAAAGCUGUUGUUGUCAGCUGUGUACUUUGUGUUGAGUGCUAAGCAAGAUUUGCUUUUUAU